AUGUCCUCUUUAGGCCUUCCAGGCCCAUUCAACAUACCUCCGGGAGACGCCAACCUCAAUCGGAACUGGAACGCCUUUCUCGACAAGCACAACCUCCGAAACAUCUGGCAGACAACCCGUGCCGAUAUCAACAACCUCUGCAAUACCGCGCUCUUGGCCUUGCAAAUCUCACGGAGCCAGCAGAUCGCUAUUGAGGACUCCAUACUCGAUCUCUGGGAUCGUAUAGGCCUUACGGUGGACUACCUCAACCCAGAUGCGAACCCAUUAUGGAGGGCGGAUGAGCAGCUCGUCAAGCCCACAGCACUGCGGCUCCAGGAGCAGCGACGACGCCUCCAGGUACAGAUGAACAUGUGCCAGAACGAGGUCCACUGGGACCAGGUGUGGCUCGAGCUAGACAUGAGCAGCAACCCGCCGACUGCACUGUCUAGAGGGGGAAGCCCCUCGCCGGUCGUCUCUGACGAGGAUAAGACGCUAGACGAGGAUCCAGGUCUGAAUAUGCAGGAGACGGGGGAAGCGGAGGGACGAGAGAGUAAUAUACUCAGGGUCGCCAAGUCGCUGAGCUGCACGAGGUACUUCCUCGGCCACGCAGCGGGAGACCCAAUCUUCUCCUACGAUGGGCGGGACUUCGACUACCGUGGCCGGGUCCCUCGAGACCCUAAGGAAGAUGUACUGCGCUUGCAGAUCCUCCUUCCAAAGGUUCUCGCACAGCUCGUCACCCUCAUCGCGUUCUCCCCCUCUCUUGAGUUUCCGGAAGAGUGCGUCGAGAUGCUCAACUGCGUUGACAACUCAUCCGACGAGCUCAUCUUGAGGGUUUGCUUCUCUUGGAUCUUGAAAUUUGGUGAAGGCCUCCCAGCGACAUACGCGUACUUCCUCGGCACCAGCCCCGUCAUACAGGAGUUUGCCUGGCUCGCCUGGGACAUCUGCACCGACGCCAACAAACUCUGGUCCAGAGAUACAACCCGCGACCGUACGAGCCUGAUGAGAAGCCUUGCGCCCAUCAUGGAACUCCUGUCGUUCGACAGGACUCCGGUAUUGGCAUCACCAGGUUUGGUGUUGAGAAACUUUGCGGAAUUACACGAAGCGGAAGAAGAAAGGGAGGCCAAAGAGCUCGUCUUUGAGCAGAAGGAGUACGACGUUGCAUUGGUGUAUGAUGCAUCAAUUUGCGAGUCAAUCAAAAGCCUCUACUCAACUUACACGGGAAGACACCACCCCGACGUCGGCGUUCUCUUCCUUCGAAUAGCACCGCCUCAGUUCCUCCUCGACAACAACGACAACGUGUUCGCCAACGGUCCGAUCCCCGACGAGGUCAUUGCCGCGCACCACCGGAUCAAAUUACGGCUCCUCGACGAUCCGGAACCCGAAGCCGAACGCAGUCCUGUAGUUGACCACCGGACUGUAUCUGCAGACGAUAUCCAGCCCGAGAUAGUCGUCUCAGGAUUCACGCGCAGGAGGCACCGUCAACAGCAGCGCACAGAAAGGAACGAGACUCCCGCCGAACCUCCGCUGAAGAGACGACGAGGUCGUCACCCAAAACACCGCCCGACACCUCCCACGUCCGAUCCUGUCGCCGAUUGA